UCACGAGGCUAACCGGAUCAUUGUCCCAUUCUCAUCAUCCAGCUGCACGAUUGAACCUGCCCAAUUUCCCUGUACCGUUAUGCAUUUGAGCAGAGGAACGCGGACUACCGGGAGCGACAGAUCGACCCCUCCCUCAAUUCUCCGUCCCGGCGACCUUCAUCCGUUCCUCGACUAAAGUACGCACCAAUGAGUGGGCCAUCGGGAGUGAGGGCUCGACUUUCGCCGAGGUUCCCGAUGUCGCCUCUCAGUCCCAGAUCUGCAGCUGAUCCCCGCCGCUGCCUCUCCACUCUCCUAUUCCUCGCCGCCAUCGCAUUUCCUUGCACCUUCCUCUACCAUGCCGCCGACCUCGGCUUCCCCUUCCCGACGUCGUCCUCCCGACCGAGCCGCGACUAUCUUGCCGCUUCCUUGGAUACCGCCUUUCCCGACCAAGACACCGACCAAUUGGAAAAGAACGAUGUUAAGCUUGAGAAAGUUCUAAAGGAAGCAGCUAUGGAAAACAAAACAGUAAUAUUAACAACUUUGAAUGCUGCCUGGGCUUCUCCUGGUUCUAUUAUAGAUUUGUUUUUUCAAAGUUUUCGGACAGGAGAUGGAACAUACAGACUCCUGGACCAUUUGGUAAUCAUUGCCUUGGACAAGAAAGCGUACAUAAGGUGCAUAUCCUUGCAUACUCACUGUUUUGCUCUUUAUACUGAGGGAGUGGAUUUCUCAGAUGAGAAGAUUUACAUGACUGCUGGAUAUUUGUCAAUGAUGUGGAGAAGGAUAGAAUUUCUGCGUGUUAUUCUCGAAAUGGGAUACAACUUUAUUUUCUCGGAUGUAGAUAUCCUUUGGUUCCGUAAUCCAUUAACCCAAUUAUCUCCAGAUGAGGAUUUUCAAAUAGCCUGUGAUCACUUUACUGGUGAUGCUUUUGAUUUGGAAAACAUUCCUAAUGGUGGAUUCAACUAUGUUCAGUCUAACAACCGGUCCAUAGAAUUCUACAAGUUCUGGCAUGGAUCGCAGGGAACCUAUCCAGGAUUUCAUGAUCAGGAUGUACUAAACUUCAUUAAGCGUGAUCCUUUCCUAAUUGACAUCGGAAUAAAAAUUAGAUUCUUGAGCACUGCUUUUUUUGGUGGGCUUUGUGAACCAAGCAGAGAUUUCAGUAAGGUUUGUACAAUGCAUGCAAAUUGUUGUAUCGGCUUAAGUAGAAAGGUUCAUGAUAUGAGAGUUAUGCUUGGGGAUUGGAAGACAUAUAUGUCUCUUCCAUGGAAGUUGAAAAGAUAUGGAUCAUUCGCAUGGAGCGUACCACAAAAUUGCAGUCUUGCUCCACUGUAAUUCUCAAGUUCAGCUGAUCAAUAUCCUAAAAAAUGAAGUCUGUACAUUCUUCAGGAUGGAAUUAAUAAUUUAUUUACAGGUUACUAUGAAAAGGAUAUUCAACUUGUUCCUUGAUCUUUGCCUAAUUCUGGAUGUUCCCUUUUCCAGCUGUUGGAAGGCAAAAACACUAACCAAACGAUAAAGAUUUGUUAUAUUUUAUUAAAAUUCUUGACAGCUAAGGUUUGUUCUAUAUAUUGUUUGACCAUGAACUAAGAAAAGAGCAUGCAAAGUGCCAAGGAUAUUGCAAAUUGAACUUUUAA